ACGACCCUUUACGACCUUCAUCUAAUCUUCCCCGACGUCGGCGACGACGAUGGCGACGACGUUGACCGCGGCAGCGGUCGCCUCUUAUGUAUCCCUUACUGAGGCUUUAUAUGUUGUUCGAGUCGUUUCACCGGCUUUGGUGCUCCUGGCCACGCUCGCACUCAUACCAACGCGCCCUGCACCUCCUCGAUCCCCCUCGGAGAUCACGUCUGUCGUCGUAGCUACCCGCGUGCCCCGCCGUGGUGCUAUUCUAUCACUUCUGUCUCUCUCUGCACUCACUUUCUUCCUUGAUGGACUUACUUUCGCCGUUUACGCACUUCUCAACAAAAUAUGGCCCCAGAACACUGGCAUAGAAAUCGGAGCUGUCAUUGGUCUUGUCGCGUUUGGUGGUCUGGCAGCACUGGGCGCAUGGAAGGACGUCAAGGGUGUUGAUGUCUGGUCAUUGAAGAGGGUGAAACUUGCCAUUGCAGUCGCACUUCUCUUGGACAUCGCCCAGGUGGUUCUGUUCGGCCUUUCUGUGAGGCUGUACAAAGAUGUUCCCAAAAUUCCUGAACUUCCACUUAAAAUCAACCUUCCCGCUCUUCUGCAUCUGGUGUUCCCUGCCCUCCGGGUUUUAUUCUUAGUUCCUUUACUCUUCGCGCUCGUCUAUCCCCGAGUUGUAUAUACGCCUGUUUCAUUCGGCGAAACAGUCCAUACUGCUGCCCCGGAUUCGUCGUCUUUGCUUCUGUCUGCCGAAGAAGGUGCUACCACAUCUACUGGUUUGUCUCCAGUUACAGCCAAGACUAGCCAGUAUGGCACUUUCCGCAGUGGUCGCUCGAUCACGGCUAGCUCUGGGCCUACUACUCGUACGAACACGCCUGCUCGCUCGGAUGUCCAACUUCCUACAGUAAAGUCUGAUGCCGGCGAGAAGCAGGACGUCAACUUGGACCCGUCCUGGCGAGAAAUUUGGAAACGACUGGGGCGUAUCACUCCGUACCUGUGGCCUACCAAGAGUUUUGCUUUGCAGUUGCUGGCCACACUUUGCCUCCUGCUGAUCAUUGUAGGCCGCUUCGUCAACGCGGCACUGCCUUUGAUACUGGGAUCCUUGUUACACGUAUUCGAGAGCGGCAAGGGAUCCCCCUGGCCCUAUCUCUUUGCGUAUGUCGGCUUGAGGUUCCUGCAAGGAAGCGGCGGUUUGGCUGCUCUGCGUGAUGUCCUGUGGGCGCCAGUUAUGCAGUACUCAGAUCGGGAGAUGUCGCAAUUGUCCUUCGACCAUCUGCUGAACCUCUCACUUGCAUUCCACACGCGCCGCAAGACGGGCGAGGUGUUGCGUAUUCUCGACCGUGGAUCUGCCAUUAACCGUACAUUUGAGCUACUUCUGUUCAACAUCUUUCCUACUUUCUUUGAUCUGAUUAUCGCACUGGGGAUCUUCAUCUGGAAAUUCGAAUGGAGCCUGGCCGUGGUCAUCUUCAUCGUAAUGUUCUUGUACGUCGUGGCCAGUGUCGUUCUGACAAGGUGGCGCACGAAGUUACGGAGACAAAUGAAUGAACGGGAUAUCGUAACCCGUGGGAUCCAUACUGACUGUCUGCUCAACUACGAGACAGUCAAGUAUUUCAAUGGCGAGCAGCAUGAAGGCCAACGCUACCGAGAGGCUAUUCGUCAAUACCAGGCCCUUGAGUUCAAGGUCAUCGCAUCGCUGAAUCUCUUGAAUCUGGUGCAGAACUUGCUCAUUACCUCUGGUCUCCUCGUCGGCGCCUUAAUCGUGGCUCUCCACGUGACAAGAGGCGAGUUGUACCCCAGCGACUUCAUCAUUUUCAUCACAUAUCUGGGACAACUUUACGGCCCUUUGAACAGCCUUGGUUACAUCUACCGCUCCGUAAACCAAUCUCUAGUUGAUGCCGAGCGUUUGCUCCGGCUAUUGAACGAGCCUGUUGACGUGAACGACAAGCCGAACGCUCCUGACCUGAUUGUUACUGGUGGGGAAAUCGAAUUCGACAAUGUCAAUUUCUCAUACGAUGGCCGGACUACUGCACUCAACGGAGUUUCCUUCAAGGUCCCCAGAGGCUCUUCCGUUGCUUUGGUUGGGGAAUCCGGAUCGGGCAAAUCGACCGUUCUUCGUCUCCUAUACAGAUUCUACGACCUCAAAGACGGCGAAGGAAGAAUUCUCAUAGACGGCCAAGACAUCCGGGAUGUCACCCAGUCGAGUCUACGCAAGGCUAUCGGUGUCGUACCUCAAGACUCUGUUUUGUUCAAUGACACCAUUGCGUAUAACAUUGGGUACGGCAAAAUGGGAGCGUCCAUGGAAGAAAUUGAGGCGGCUGCGAGGUCUGCGCAGAUGCACGAAAGGAUCAUGUCUUUCCCAGACGGGUACGAGACCAAAGUUGGCGAACGCGGUGUACGGCUUAGCGGCGGCGAGAAGCAACGGGUUGCUAUAGCCAGGACUCUCUUGAAGAAUCCUCCUAUCCUUCUUCUGGAUGAGGCGACAAGCGCUCUGGAUACUUCCACCGAGAAAGAUAUACAGAAAGCUCUGCAGAAUUUGGUUCAAGGACGUUCAUCGCUGUCUAUCGCUCACCGCUUAUCGACCAUUGCUUCGGCCGAUCUUAUCCUGGUUCUUAAGGAUGGCCAGAUCGUGGAACACGGAACCCACAGCGAACUGCUCGCUCAUGGAGGCGUUUUUGCUUCCAUGUGGGCUGACCAAGUUUCGGGCACUGAAGACAACGUCACAAUAGGAUCCACGAAAGAGGCGGUCGCUGGGUACAGCGUCGAUGGUCAAGAAGAACCUUCGAAGUCCGAGGUCGUAGCUGAAGAUAUUCCGGCUACCAAUGUCGCCGAUGUUGAGGCAUCUGAACCUGCUGCGGAAGCAUCCGCCGAGGUUCACGCGACAAUAGAGGACCAGGGGGAUCACAUUGAACCCAAAGAGGAACAAGAGGCUAUCGCUGUGGCGGACGCAUCAGAUGCUGCGGCUACUUCUGCGAACGUCGUCGAGGCUACCAGUGAUGUCGCAGUCCCUGAUGACACGAGCCGCCCCGCGGCCUUCGAAUUCCCAGCUAGCAAGGGUCCAGCUCCCGUCGCAUUCCCUACUUCGGAUGAGACCGCCUCCCAGCAGACUCCGUCUGUAGCAGAAGGUAGUGCUGCGCAGAGUCCUGGUGUCACUUUCGUCCCUACUGUUGGCUCCCCGCCGUCCCGAUCAGGCACCCCUGAUCCUGACGCUGAACCAAAGCGCAAGCGCAUCUCAUCUCAGAACUUCCAGAGACUGGCGAGGAGGAUUUCUAUUUCUCGCCGUCAGGGUUCAACCGGUUCUAUUAUCCCCGGCCUGAGGCGCGAGCAGUCGUCUCCCGCUCAAACUCCCAAAGAUGAAGCACAUGUCGCUACCGGUAGCGGCGAUAGUCCCUCUCCCAGUAUCCAGAGCGAGAGCGGUAAGGGCAAAGCCCAGAAGAAGGAGAAGAAGAGGAAGACCAUUUUCUGAGGAUGCCGGCCCACGAUUUCUACUCUUUCACGACUCCGCAUGACUCUGCUACGAUUCUCGUCCCUUAUUGUAGUAAUGAACUUUUUUCUGCGCAUGCUUUGGUCCACUCUCACAGCAUAUUUGUCGUUGCACAUCAUGUUAGCAUUUCCUGUAUCAUCAAUUCCCCGUCUUGUACCCAUGGAGUCUGUGGUUCUGCAAAUAGCCUAUCGCCAAGUCGGUCCCACUGCC